AUGCCACCUACGAUAUUCUCUAAUUCUUGGCUUACUGCGCGCCGUUUUGGAAUAGUUAUUGACGCUGGCUCGUCGGGUUCAAGACUUCAGAUAUAUAGCUGGGAAGAUCCCGAUUUUGUGCUUAGCGAGCAGGGAGAUGAUGUACGAGACAAAUUGCCCAAGGUAGAGAAGGGCGUUCAGGAGGGAGAUGAUUGGAUAAUGAAGGCUGAACCAGGUCUUUCUACAUUCGCAGACAACCCAGAGGGCGUCUACGAAUACCUUGCGCCGCUACUUAAACAUGCGCGCUCUCAGAUACCUCCUUCCCUCGAGUCAGAAACUCCUCUUUUCCUCCUCGCUACCGCUGGUAUGCGCCUUUUGACACCGGUGCAACAGGCGCGCGUGCUUAGUGCCACAUGUAGGUAUCUCAAAAGCGCCUCGAGCUUCCGGAUAGAAGGCGAAUCGAAGGACGGUCCGUGUGGGUCCAGUGUACGAAUUAUCACUGGCGAAGAGGAAGGGUUGUAUGGAUGGAUAGCAGUGAACUAUCUCAUGGAUGGGUUUUAUGGAAAGGACAAGAAGACGACUUAUGGUUUUCUGGACAUGGGAGGCGCUUCGACCCAGAUAGCUUUUGAGCCAUCUAACACGCUUUCGGGAGACAAGGAGAACCUGGUUGAUGUCCGGUUACGACUACUUGGCGGAGACGACGUCAACCACUCGGUGUUCGUCACUACGUGGUUAGGUUAUGGUACCAACCAGGCACGAGAGCGAUAUGUUACGAAGACCAUCAAGUCUUUCAAAGAGACUUCGCUCGAGACGUCAGAAUCAUCAUCCAUACCUGACCCGUGCCUUCCAAAAGAUCUGAUACUUUCCGAGACAUUGCCUCAGAUUGAUGGGUCGCAUUCAACACAUCUACUUGCUGGGACGGGCUCUUUCACCCAGUGUCUGGAUCGUACUGCUUCCCUCCUCAACAAAAAUGCGCCAUGCAAUACUGCUCCAUGCCUUUUCGACGGAGUGCAUGUUCCUGCCAUCAACUUUACUUCCUCCCAUUUCAUUGGUGUUUCCGAAUACUGGUAUUCAUCUGAACAUGUCUUCGGGCUAGGCGGCCCGUAUGAUUAUGUGCAGUACGAGCGCGCUGCGACGCAGUUCUGCGGUAUGGAUUGGAGUGGUAUAGUCAAACAACAUGAGCUGUCGAGAGCGCAGGGCAUACGAGGCGGCGAUGGGGAAGUCAUGGAAAACGGAGAGGUCAUGGAGGUCGGGAAGUGGGGCAAGAAUGUGGAGCUUCCGAGGUUGCAGAUGCAGUGUUUCAAGGCCGCUUGGAUAGCCAAUGUGCUACAUGAAGGAAUUGGGAUUCCUCGGAUAGUAGACCCGGAAGGAAACUCCACCACGAUUGGAGAACAAGUGGCACAACAAGCUGAAGCGAAGGGUUUGGGAAGACCUAUGUUUCAAUCUGUCGACUCUGUCGGAGAUAUCGCCAUUAGCUGGACGCUGGGUAAAAUGGUGUUAGAAGCAAGCAAGGAAAUCAAACCGUCUUCAAGCAGUAGUAGGCCGCUGGCUGAUCCUAUAGACGAUAUUCCUGCUAGUACAUCCAACCCUCCUAUCAAACCCAUUCGACCGUUCUGGGAUCUCGACGGGUUGUUGGAAGAGCAUGUCUCUCCACAUCUGCCGACAUCUUUGACCCGUGAGUCUUUGGGAUUUCCACCCAUUACUAUACUCUCCUACGCCAUUAUCCUCAUUGUGGUGGGCUACAUAAUCUUUCGCCUACGACAUCCAUUGCGCGUUGUUCGGAGGCGUUUCUUACGCAACUCAUUUAAACGUGACUUGCAUGGAGCCUACGCGAUGGAGGAAGGGAUAACGAUAGCACGUCCACCGUCGCCCUCAAAUUCCUCUUUUCUACCCCCGUCCCUGUUGCGACCCCUGCGCCGCCUUGUGUCCUCAUCGACAUCAUCAUCACGUCGUCCGCGUUUACCUCCCAUCUCUACCUCACUUCAACCUCCAUUGCUUCGACACUCUCAAACCUCGACACUCUCACCUCCUCCCUAUCACAAUGCUUCGGACGGAUUCAGCACAUCUACUUCUACGUCGCAUUCUCACUCUCGCGCUUCGUCACCUACGACUACCACCGCUCCUGACGACACGAUAAUGACGAGCAGCAGGUCUUCGAUUCCUUCCAUCAACCCACGUUCGCGAAAUUCAUCGUAUAUGAACUUGACGCUGUUUCCAAGGCAGACACUUUCUCGUGCAAACAGCGUAUUACAGCUACCUGACGAGUGA